AUGUGCCAGUAUCUCGUUGACCGGCUGGUCGUAGAGGGGGAUCUGCGCCGUGAGCUCGAGGAAACGGUCGUGGCCAAGGACGCUCUCGAGGCGCACGCGGCACAGCUGGCAACCGAGAAGCGCUCCCUCCAGCUCGAGCUCUCCUCCUUGGCGAGGGACCUCGCGCACGCACGGAAACUUGCCGAGGAGCGCGCCCUCGACCUCGCAGAGGCCCGAACCAGGUGUCACGCCCUCGAGUCGAAGGCGAAAGGCGGCGACAGCGCCGUUGCCGCAGCGGCGCGCGCCUCGGCCCGCAUCCGCGGCGAGCUCAGCGCGGCGCUCGACCGCGCCGCGGCCCUGGAGCGCGACCUCGCGUCGGAGCGCGCCGAGCACGCGGCGCUCCGGGAGGCCUUCAAAGCUCUCUUGGCCAACACGGAGGAGGUAGGAGCGGCGAACAGCCAGCUGCGCGACGAGGUCGAGCGGCUGCGAGCGGACGGCGCGGAGCGGCGGCUGCGGGAGGUGACGGAGCGGCUCGGCGAGGUGGAGGCGGCGGCGGCGCGGACGCCGCAGACGCCGGAGGCGGCGCGGGCGCGCAUGGCGGCGCUGAGGCGGGAGCGGGAGAUCCUGGUGGGGCGGAUGGAGCGCAUGCAGGCGGGGCAGCGGCGCGCGGUGGAGGAGGAGGGGGUGCUGGGGGAGUUCCUGGGGCAGGAGGUGGCGGCUCUGCAGGAGGAGUGCGCGGCGCUGCGGGGGCGUGUGGAGGAGCUGCGGGGGCGCGCGGAGCGGGCGGAGCAGCAGGCAGACACGCGCGGGCGGCUCGCGGCGCAGCUCGAGGCCCAGAUCCAGCAGUACGAGGACGACAACGCGGAGAGCGCCCAGAAGCUGGACGCGCUCACCGACGAGGUGCGGGAGUUGCAGGCUACCAACGCCGCGCUCGAUGCGCAGGCGAGGACGGCCGGGCAGCGCGCCGACGCGCUGCAGGCCGCCGCGGGCGAGCACGCCGGCGUCGUCGCCCGCCUGCGCAGCGACCUGCGGAUGGCCGAGGCGCGCGCCGUGGCUGCGGAGGCGCGCAGCCCAUCGGUGGAGCGCCCCCCCGCCUCGGACAUGAUCGAGGCCGCCCGCGCGCAGCUCGAGGCGGAGGUCCUCCGCGGCAACCUGCAGGCGUGCGAGGCGGAGCUGGAGGCGUGCAACGCGGUCUGCUACGAGGUCAAACAGCAGCUCGAGGUGAUCUGCGCUGGGGGUGCCGGGACGCACGAGGCCGUGCGGGAGCUCGCGGGGCUGCUCGCUGGACUUGAGAGGCCGCGCGGGGCGUGA